AUGUCAUUCCAAAAUCCUGCCACCUCAUCUACACCAGCGAUGGCACCUAACCAUCCCAGCCAGCAACCAAACACACCAGGCUCCUGCGCUCUACGCCUUGAAAACCUCGAACAACAAACCUCCACCACGAAGAGCGAGCUGAUGGCAUCAAUCGCGGCAGACAUCUGCGCAACCUUCAUAAGCAUCGCCAAGUACUCCGAAGAAGGCACACUCCAGGCGCAGCACACCGACGUGAUCGACAAAGUGAUCCAGACGAUCCGCGACACGGACAUCAAGCAGCGACACUCACUCGAUCGACAGGUGGGCCGGCUGCGCAAGGAGAGGAAGUGGAUCCAGAAGAAGUAUUCGCGACUCGCCGGGCAGGCGGAUGGCCUGGGCCGCGCAUACCAGAUGAAGAUGCGGAAGCUGAGAGUCUCGUUAAAAGAGGCGCAGGGGGAGGUGGCGCGGCUACGAAGUGAGCGGGACAUGCUGCGAGAUUGCUUAAAGAAGGAGGUCAUUGGGGAGGGUGCUUCAAAUGACAAUGUCGAUGGGGGAUUUGAGGUUGAUGUGGGGGAGGAUGUCGACGGGGAAUACGAGAUUGCGGAGAGUGGAGAUGAGACUGUGAAGAAGGGAGAUCUUUGA